AUGUCUCCCUCUGUGGAAUACGGGGCCCACCACUCGGCCAUCUACACGCCCACCAGUGACAUCAUGGACCGUCACGAUUACGGCGUGCACAAGCAGAGGAAAACUGCCUCGACAGGCGGCGGCAGAGCUUGGAGUGAAGACGAGGAAGUCUACCUUCUCCAGACCCGCCUGCAAAAAAUGCCCUACAAGCACAUUGCUGCUCACCUUAAGAAGACCGAGCUCGCUUGCCGGCUGCACUACCACCAACUGAGCCAUGGCAGCAACCGCCGCCGGAGGACCGCAUCAGUCUCUUCCUCGUCCUCCAACCACUCUCCAGUCCUGGCCGCUGCCGCCCCCUCGCCAAUCAUGGAACACAGCCCCCGCGAGAUGACACCCCCUGGCAGCUCAGUCAGGCAUGCCUCUCAUUCACCUGACCCGCACGCCUAUGUCAAGCUUCCCAGCAUCAUGGGCCGACCCGAGCCGUCGUCUCAACUUCCGGCCAUCCUGCCCAAGCCCGCUGCCAUGGGCCUUUCGCCUGAGGCUAGCCACUCUGCAUACCACCACCGCAUGCCUACGCCCGGGCCCGACAUGUCUAAGCCCCUCGAGCCGUCUGCGUUCUCCCGCCCGUCGUCGUCACUUAGCCACCCCGAAACUCACAGCAACCUCCGCCUCGACUGCUCCUCCCUACCCCAGCCAGCUCCCUAUGUCGAUCUGGGCCGCCUGAGUGCUGUGUACGGCGCUCACCGAGCAUCAUUCUGGGGUGCCGUUGCUGCCGACUACGGCUCUGGGAUGAGCCCAGCCGUCUUGGAGCAGGCGUGGAAGUCGAGCCUGGCCAAGCCGGCUACCUUUGCGCCCUUUGGUCAUGGCCUUCCCAUGACGCCAGCGACCAGCCCGAGCGAGCGUGAAAGCUCGGUCGACAGGCAAGGCCAGGACCGCACGCGGAUUAGCGCCAUCCUCGGAAUCAACGCCAACCCUCGCAGCUUCCAGGAGCGGGAGAUGGUGCGCAGGCUUGAAGAGGGGCAGACGGGGGCAAUCAUGACGCCCACGCACGCGUGA